CGGAAGGAGUUUUUUUUUUUUAUAACGCGUGUGGCUUCUAGUGAUUCUUCUGUACAUUGGACAGGAUUCCUUGUUUGCAGUUUUUCUUUAAAUUAAUUAAUCCUUACUUUUAAGCAUCGCAUUUGUGUGUGGUAGCAGAGGAGCGUCCCAACACCCUUCAAGCAACUCAGCCGCAAGAUAGUGGGCGCCUGCCUGCCUACAGGUUUUGGACUCGGAGACCAUAUUAAGAGGAUUAUUGCAUUGUUGCAAUAAGUAGUGCAAGUUGAGCUUCCCAAAAGAAUAACUGAUUUCCACUUGAUCAAAAUCCUUUGGCAUUAUGAUCAAAAAGUUUAUUUUUUAAAAUGAAUAAAGCUGGAUGUGGACUACAAGCUGGAUGUGGACUACAGUAUCAGGUCUUUAUGGCUCUCAAAAGAGCUUUUUCAGUGAAAAAAGCAUUGCCAGUAUUAACUCUAUUCACCAAGAAUCCAUGUCAACUUUGUGAUGAAGCAAAAGAAGUUCUUGAACCAUAUAAACACAGGUUUAUUUUGCAAGAAGUAGAUAUAACGCUGCCUGAGAAUUCAGUUUGGCUUCAGAGAUACAAAUACAAUAUACCUGUCUUUCAUCUCAAUGGACAGUUUCUAAUGAUGCACAGUGUGCAAACGGACAUUCUAGAGAAUAAGCUUGCCCAACUGGAGGAAACGAAAGAAGCAUAUGAACCUUAAAUCUCUGUGAAAGUCUGUAUGUGUGUGCGUGCAUGCACACACACUGUAGUGAAAUUGCACAUCCGGUAUCGGUUUCUGCCUUAUGCAUAAUGCUCCCUAAGAAGUCAACAUCCAGUUUUAUCAAACAAAAAUGCAGUAACACGUUUGGAUACUGUUGACUAGAUACAGACAUUUUUAUGAUUAUUUUCAUCAGAACAGGUGAAUGAAUUUGUAUCACAGAUAGGAAACAUUUCCUUGAUAUCCAUAUCUAUGACAUUUUUAAGCCGUAUUUUCUAAUUACCUGGAAAUUACUCUUUAUUAGCAUUGAUAAGGCAAAAUGUUACUACAUUUUAACAAUUGUAUAAUUGCUUCUUAUUUUUGUCUGUCCCUACUCCUUUUACUUUAGACCUUAUACAUGUACUGCACCUUUUAUUUUUGGGGAAAAAACAUACCAUGUUUCAUACCAUGAAACAGUUAGGAUUUGUUCUUAUUUAAAGGCUUACAAAAUGCACAAGAGAGACAAUUAACGGACUGAAACCACAUAACCUCAGUCAAAUCAACUCUACGACAAAAUUAUUUUAAUUAUCUCUCCCACAAUAUUAAAAUAAUUGUUCUUGUCUAGACAUCACAGUAUAUAUACAAUUGUUUUUUUUUUGUUUCGUGCAAUAACUGCUAUUAUUUAAGCUUAUCUUUAAGUUGUUCAGUCAGUCAUUUUCCAACCCGCUAUAUCCUAACACAGGGUCACGGGGGUCUGCUGGAGCCAAUCCCAGCCAGCACAGGGCGCAAGGC